UCGCACCCCAAAAAUUGUUAACCGCGGGAGUGCAAAAAUCAACUCAUAUUGAUUCUCACACUCGCCAAAAGAACAAUCAGCUAGCCUUGCUCAUAUUGAUUUUCACACUGCCCUUGGGAGUGGAGUACGGUUCGGUUAACAAUUUGGAGGGUGCGAAAUCACCUAAAAUAAAACGUCAUUAAAGAAGAGCAAGGCUAGCCGUAAUUACAGGUAGGAUGGGAUUAUAUAAAGCCCAGAAAGAGCAUUGCCUGUCCAACAAACUCUAGGUAGAAAGGGCUUUGCUUGAAAUGGCCCCUCCCUUCACUUCUCUCUCUUCCCAAAUUGCCCUCAUCACCCUCACCACCUCCAUCUUCUUCCUCUCCUCUUCUCUGCCUCCGGCUUCUUCAGCUACCACUCCUACUCCAAGCCACCCCCGCCCCUUCAAAAAAAUCUACGCUUUCGGAGACUCGUACACCGACACCGGCAACACGGUAUCGACCACGGGCCCGAGCGGUUUCAACUAUGUGUCAAGCCCCCCUUACGGCAGCACAUUCUUCCACCACUCCACCAACCGAUACUCCGACGGACGGCUCGUGAUCGACUUCGUGGCAGAAGCGCUGUCCCUCCCAUACUUGCCCCCUUACCUCGGCAAAAAAGCUGAUAAAUCAACGGGUAUCAAUUUUGCAGUGGCUGGAUCCACUGCGAUAAGGCACAGGUUCUUUGUCAAGAACAACCUCACACUGAACAUCACUCCCCAGUCACUUGUGACCCAGCUCCAAUGGUUCAACAAGACCUUGGAGGCUCAAGGCUGUAAAGGGCCAACAACAAGAAGCAGCCAGUGUGAUGAAGCAAUGAAUGAUGCUUUGUUUUGGGUUGGUGAGAUAGGAGCCAAUGACUAUGCUUAUACCCUUGGAUCCUCAGUGUCAAGCAGCACCAUUCAACAGCUUGCAAUUAAGAGCGUCACUGGGUUUCUGCAGGCACUUUUGACAAGGGGUGCAAAAUAUAUUGUUGUUCAAGGCCUCCCCCCAACAGGCUGCUUAACCCUGGCCAUGUUCCUAUUUUCCGAGGACGACAGAGACGACAUGGGUUGCAUUGCUAGCGUAAACAAGCAAAGCUUAGACCACAACAACGUGUUGCAGUCCAAGUUGCACGACCUCAGAACGCAAUUCCCUCAUUCCGUGAUAGUUUACGCCGAUUACUGGAGUUCCUACCAAACUAUCAUGAAGAGUAUGGGCAAGCACGGGUUCAGGGAGCCCUUCGAAGCCUGUUGCGGGACUGGGGGCAGACCUUACAACUUCCUACCGCUCAGUGCGUGUGGAUCGCCAUCGUCAAGCUCGUGCUCAGACCCUUCCCAGUACAUGAAUUGGGAUGGAGUUCACCUCACGGAAGCCAUGUACAAGGCUGUUUCGGAGUCGUUUCUCAAUGGAUCGUUCAGUCAUCCUCCGUUUGAGUACUUGCUAGGCAGGAAGAAGCAAGCUGCUGGAAAAUACUCAUCAGUGGUCACCGAUUCGACAUAAUAUCGGCUUGUUAUAGUAGUGUUUGUUGUCAGUGGCACCAUAUCUUCAAGAACUUAAAAGGCCUCCGCCCAUUCAAUAGAGCUUUUUUCAAAUUUUCUCCCUCCUGAAAUCCAGAAUUUCGUUUUGAACUCGAGAAA